CGGUGACGUAUGAAUCCUGCGACAGUAAACGAAUCAGCGAAGGACAUGCUAUGGGCUUAACUGCCAAAAAACACGUGAAAAUGUUUAAUCGUGGCUUGACUUUUUAUUGUAUAGUGUGCUGAAGACAUGAGAGUAUUGGAAUCCUGAUAACAGACAUCAUGACAGCAGAGGCUGUGUCUUCACAGAGUCCAGCUCAGAUCCCGGCUCCUGUUCAGAGGGACUUCUAUUACUGGACCCGCUCCUUUGUAGCAGGAGGUGUGGCAGGAUGCUGUGCAAAGUCCACCAUAGCACCUCUGGACAGAAUAAAAAUUUUACUCCAAGCUCAAAAUCCUCAUUACAAACAUCUUGGAGUGUUUGCCACGCUUACGGCUGUGCCAAAAAAGGAGGGCUUUCUUGGGCUGUACAAGGGAAAUGGGGCUAUGAUGAUCAGGAUUUUCCCAUAUGGAGCCAUUCAGUUUAUGGCUUUUGAUAACUACAAAAAGUUCCUUAGCACACAGCUUGGAAUAUCUGGACACAUUCACCGGCUGAUGGCGGGAUCUAUGGCAGGAAUGACUGCAGUUAUUUGCACCUAUCCACUUGAUGUUGUCCGAGCUCGCUUGGCUUUUCAGGUGACAGGAGAGCAUCGCUACACUGGCAUCCGAAACGCCUUUCACACCAUUUACCUGACGGAAGGAGGAAUCUCUGGCUUCUACCGCGGUUUGACCCCCACAAUAAUUGGCAUGGCUCCAUAUGCAGGAUUUUCUUUCUUCACCUUUGGUACUUUGAAGACUCAGGGACUCGCUCACUUUCCAGAGCAGUUAGGCAAGCCGUCUCUCGACAACCCGGAUGUUCUUGUGCUGAAGACUCAUGUCAAUCUGCUGUGUGGUGGAGUUGCUGGAGCAAUUGCUCAAACUAUUUCAUAUCCACUAGAUGUCGCCAGGAGAAGAAUGCAAUUAGGCACUUCACUUCCUGAUUCGGACAAAUGUUUCACCUUCACAAAAACCCUUAAGCAUGUGUACUCUCAAUACGGUAUUAAGAAAGGAUUGUAUCGUGGUCUGUCCCUCAACUACAUCCGCUGCAUACCGUCACAAGCUGUUGCCUUCACAACAUAUGAAUUCAUGAAGCAAAUCUUUCAUCUGAAUUAGAACAAGUGUGACUGUGCCUUAACGUUGAAAUGACCCCUGGAAACAGCAACAUCGUCUGCCAUUCCGGUAAACAGCAAUGUGUUUUUAAAAAUCCCUGCACGCUAAUGGAAAACCUGUGGCUUUACACACACCAGCAACAGUCUCUGGGCAGAGGACAAAGAGAAGACUUGGGUGUGUGCCCCCUAGCAACCAACAGUGGAAAUUGCAUGGCAACCCGAUGUCUAUAAAACAUUGGAAGUGAAUAUCACUCUGAAUAUUAUGCCUUUACUUUACAUCAGUUAUGCCAUCACAAUUAUGUCAGCGAUGAUUGCAGAAGGCACGCAGAGUGCUUUAAGGUACUGUAUUACUAAUAACCGAAGCAACUGAAAAUGUUUGUUGUUUUGUUUUGUUUUGUUCCAAGAGAUUGAACCUCAUUUUCCAUAGCCAGACUUGAUUUAUAUAGAGUUUUAUAUUUCAUCAUAUCCUUGUCAAUCAUUUCAAGGGUUAUUGACUGAUAAUUAUCUCACUCGGAGUGUCUAUCAUGCCUAUGCAGUAUUAAUGAGUCACAUUUGCAUGUCGAGGUUACUGUGAAUAAACUUCAAAACUGCUCAGUGACAGACUGCUCCAGCAUUGUGCAUGAGAAUCAUAGACAAGCAACAUCACGAACAAGCAAAACUGUUUGUGGUGCUGUGCAUGUCACAGGUGAUAUGUAUAAAUUAUUCACUCAUUUGUCAUUGGAACAAAAUGGACUCCAUUAAAUGAAAUAUGAAUUUUGUUUUCAGACUGGUUAGGUAAAUAUAAAUAUGAAAUGAACUGUGAAUAAUGCUGUCUAGCCUCUAUUCUGAGUCCCUUAUUGUACGUAGUCGCACAUUUUAAGUGUAGUUUGUACACUUUCACCAAGUACAACUCAUAUGUCUUAUGUGUUUCUUUUGUUCUGCCAUAUGGUGGCACUGUUGCAGUGAAAUGGUGUUGAAUGGCCACUUGGGCUCAUGUUGACAGGAUGAAAGAGAACAUUUACAUGUAAAAAAAACAUGCUUGUUUGUUAGAAGUGCAGUGAACAGACAGAGGAUUUUGUUUUAAAACUGAUGAAAUGCAGUUUUGUGACUGAAAAGCAGCAGUAACAGUAAUGCAUAAUGGGUCAUGAUGAAUUUCAGGUUUAUUUGCACAGAAUACCACAGAGCUGAAUCACUCAUGUUUGUCUUAAGUUGUCUACUGAUUCUAGCGAAUCAACAGUUUUUAUGGCUAUUCACAAUCUUAGAUUUUAAUAUGCUUUGCUCUAUUAUUUAUUUGUUCCUUUAUUUGUAUUAAAAUACACGUUGAGAGCUUAUUGAUGAUCAAUGACAUACUGUUUGUACAUGAUUGUUCAUUUUUAUGUUAAAUAUUAAAUAUGACUAAACAUGGAGUAAAAAUAUCAACCUUUUUUCUGAGUUUUUAUAAUGUUUUAAAUGCACAAAUGUUUAAUGUUAUUAAAAUCCAUUAGUCACCCAGUGGGAUUUACCUGACAUUCCCUGACCUUCCUGAUGUGUAAUUCAUUACUUAUUUACUGUACCUACCACUUCCUCUUAUGUGUGUGAGGUACUGUUGUCUGAUAGAAUGUUGUUGCUUAUUUGGCUGGAAAAUAUGCUAUAAACAAAACAUGGAUCAUAGUGGUGUCAUACUGA